UUAAGUACAUUACAUUUUGGCGCAGUCGGUUAUUUUAAUUAAAAUCAUGCCUUUUGGUAAAAUCGAGCCUUUUGACGUUAGUUCCCACAACUGGGAUGCAUAUUGUCGUCGGGUGAAGCAAUUUAUUGCGUUAAAUAACAUCAGUGAAGAUUUACACGUGGCCACGUUGGUAACACAUGUCGGCAUUGCAUGUUACGAAUUGAUGUGCGACUUGUGUUCCCCGGAUUUACCGGAAGACAAGAAGUUUGAACAAUUAGUGAAGAUUGUCAAAGACCACUUGGAGCCACAAAGGUCGGAGAUCGCAGAGAGACAUAUGUUCCGGCAAAGGAAGCAAAGGCAAGGGGAGAUAGUGAGUGAUUAUUUGAAAAGUCUAAAACAUCUCGCCAAACAUUGCAAUUUUCGGGAUUCUUUGGAGGUAAAUUUGAGAGACCAGUUUGUUUCUGGCCUUCAAAGUGAAGAUAUGAGGUCACGAUUGUUUGCCGAGCGGAACAUCGAUUAUAAGCGAGCAAUAGAACUCGCAUUGGCGCUCGAGGCAGCGGAGAGACAUGCAGCGGAGGCAGCGUCCGGGGCGAGUUCCAGCGCCAUCUCGGAAGGGCUGCAUCGCAUCAGAUCCUCACCAGCGCGCGCGGAGCGCGGGCGCAUGAAACGGCGCGAGGGAGCGGGUGGCGUGCAGGCAGACGCGGCGGCCAGGGCCGGUGCGCUGAGCCUCGAGGGCUCACGGCGCGGCUGCUGGCGUUGCGGGCGCAGCGGGCAUCCGCCGUCCCGGUGCCGCUACAAGUUCUACAGCUGUGAUUCGUGUGGGCAGAGGGGCCACCUGAAGGUCGUGUGCGGUAAUGUUGAUAAGUGUAGUGAUGCGGUUAUACAGAAAAACACAAAAGGUCAG